AGCUUUUACACUUUAACCCAUAGGGCAGAACUUUUGGAAAGUCUAAGUCGUGUGAAAAUAGACGUUCAGCUGACUGGUUCUGGCUCGUAAGUCGUUGUUGACCUGAUAACCUGUUACUAUUUGCUUUCUUUGAGAAAUCCUGCUUCAAAGGACAUCAGACGAAGCAACGGCAUUAUAGCUAUUCGGGGUUCAGACAGUUGAAGUUUCGAAUUCUUGAGCGCCAGUGUGUGUAGUUAGCGCAAUAAUGUCAGCCACGGAGACCCUGAAGUGUAAUAAAGUAAAACUCAUUGAGGUUUUAUGUGGAGACCACAAAUUUAUCCUCAACAAGGUUCAGGAGAAGAAGCUGAUAACUUCGAGGGAAUACAACAACCUCAAGAGCAUCAACAAAGAGCAUGUGGAGGGCCACGUUGUAGAGCUUGUGGAUAAGAUCAUGGAUAAAGGAGAAAAAACCUGCCAAAACUUUCUGGARCUACUGCAAACCGACGACGUCGCUGAAACUUAUCCUGACCUGGAGCAAAUAAAGCUCCAUGAUGUUUUACCCAAGCCGGUUCCAGCUACCUCACCUUGCAGCGCAGACAUGGUGCCUGGGUCUAAAAGGCUGAAGAAGGAUGAGGUUUAUGAACUCAAAAGCCAGCCUGUUGGUCUCUGCCUGAUCAUAAACAAUGAGAAUUUCCACAGCCUCAAACAGAGAAGGGGGACAAACAAAGAUGCUGAGAGUUUAGCACAUGUGUUCAGCUGGCUGGGCUUCAAGGUGCUGAUGUGUAAAGACCAAACCGGAGACCAGAUGGAACAGACACUGAAGUUAUUUGCUUCUCCUCAUGAUGAGGAGAAGCAGCUUCAGCUACAGGAGUUGGAUGUUCAGGAAUGGUGUGGCGGCUGGCUCUCUGCUCCCCAGCAGCCGGUUCGGCACGGCGACGCCUUCGUUUGCUGCAUUUUGAGCCACGGGUCAUUAGGUAACGUUCACGGGGUCGACUCUCAGCCUCUUGCCAUUAAGGAAAUCAAAGGACAUUUUGUGGCCACUAAGCAGCCAGCCCUCACUGGCAAACCCAAAGUGUUCCUGAUCCAGGCCUGCCAACACGAGAAAGAUGUACAACGAGGGGUAUUGCAGAAAGACGUGGAGGAGGAUAGUACAACAUCCAUUCCUGAGGAAGCAGAUUUUCUAGUUGCUGUAUCCACUGUUGAAGACUACGUGUCCUUUAGACACCCAAUAGAUGGAAGCUGGUUUAUCCAGUCGGUGUGUGAGCAGCUGAAGUUGCACUGCCCUAGUGGUGAAGACAUUACUUCCAUCUUGCUUCGAGUAAAUAACAUGGUGGGCCAGAAGGAGGGCUCCUUCUGUGUUGGCCAGAAAAAACAGGCGCCUGAAGUGAAGUUCACUCUGAGGAAGAAACUCAUUCUGUCGCCACGUUGCACUUGAAGUCCGACAGCGAAUGUACAAGAGUGUGAAAAAUGUAUAGUGUGUGUAAUCUCCUUAGAAUACUGUAUUUUCCGAUCUAAUUUUAAGUCUCAACUUUUGUUUUCCUCUACCAAAUUUAAAAGGGUGAAAGUCAAAAGUGUGCCCAGUGAUGGUGGGUGUCUGCUUUUA